CAGUCAUUGAAGAACACCACCACUACAACGACCAACACCCAACAAUGCUCCCUGUUGUUGUGCUUGCACGCCAGCGCUGCCGACAGCGGUGCCUGUUGCUGGCAACGGAAGCAGCGGAAGCAGCGGCAGCGGCAGCAGCAGCAGCGCAAUGCCAGCGGCGCGGAGCAACAGCGCGGCGCACUCCGCUCGCAGGUGUGCUUGCAACUAGGAGGUGGAAGAGCAGCCGCUCCUCGUCAGAUUCACACUCUGCACCACGAGCAGGAACAACAACAGCGGGCGCCGCCAGUGAUCGCGCACGCGUACUGGUACUUCAGCCCCACUUCCAUCACUACCGCCACCGAUCUCGCCGACACCCGCUGUUGCAGCUUGACGAGGCCGUAGCGUUGGCAUCGGCAACCCCAAGCCUGCAGCCAACCGCGGCACUCCUGGUGCCGGUGCGUGACGUUGCACACGACGUCUUCUUCACGCGCGGCAAGAUGGAGGAGAUGACGGCCAUUGUUGAAGCGCACAGCGCUGCCGCGGUGGCUGAUGACGAUGCUGAGCACGAUGGCAAUUGCGGGGCAGGCGUCGCGGACGACGACGACCUGAGCUUCCUUGAGGGGCAUGUGGCGCGCAAGGAUGACCCAGCUCGCCGCCGUGUGGAUGCGGUGUUUGUCAACACGCUGGCGCUCACGCCUCGCCAGCAGCUGGCGCUGGAGGAGGCGUGGGGCGUGCCCGUGCUGGACAGGUUUCGUGUGAUCUUGGACAUCUUCCGCGCACGUGCGUCGACGCGCGAGGCGAAGCUGCAGGUUGAGCUGGCGCAGAUUCCGUACGCACGCGCGCGGCUGUCCACCACCUUCCGCGCCCUUCCCGGCGACACUUUCGGCCUUGGUGCUGCGGCGACGCUGUUUGACCACCAGCACGGGCACGGCGAGCGGCAGCGUGGCGGACAGCAUGCGGUGAGUGGAGCUGGGGAGACGCCACUUGAGAAGGAGAAGCGGCGCUUGAACAUGCGGCAAAAGCGCAUCAAACAGGAGCUGGCGGAGAUCAAGAAGAGGCGCGCAGAGAUGCACAAGCGCACGCACGUCACGCACAGCUCGGAGCAUGUCGUUGCCAGCGAUGAAGGCGUUGACGGUGAUAGAGGACGGUUGCUGGUCGAUGAUGCAGACUCGGGUCGCGAUGGUGGCGAGAUGCACUUUGACGCCUUGAUGGACGACUUGCAAGGAGCGACAAGCAAGCGGCGACAUGCGAAGGCGAAGGCGAAGGGAGAAAAGCGAAGAGCAGAGCAGCCGCACAGCACCAGCAGCAACAACAACGGCAGCAGUGGUGGAGGCGGCGGUGGCGGUGGCGCACACCGCACGGGCCUGCCUGUUGUUGCCGUCGUGGGCUACACAAACGCAGGCAAGACGGCGCUUGUGCAGGCGCUGUCUGGCGCAGGUGAUCUCACGCCACGCGACAUGCUGUUUGCAACACUGGACACGGCUGCGCGGGUGGGCCGCCUGCCAGGAGGGCUUGAGGCCAUUUUCGUGGACACAGUGGGCUUUGUGUCGGAUCUUCCACACCAGCUGGUGGAGGCGUUUAUGUCCACUUUGGAGGAGGUGGCGUACGCGGACCUCAUCGUCCACGUGACAGACAGCACAGACCCAGACCGGCUCGACCAGCAGGUGUGCGUGCUGGACGUUCUAUCCUCUGACCUUCAUCUGGAUCCCGCGCUCUUGCGCAACCGCAUUCAAGUCAACUCCAAGGCUGACAUCCUCCAACAGCAACAGCGACGACAGCAACAGCAGCAACAGCAACAGCAGCUGGGUGGGGUGGAGGGCGUGGCUGAGACUAGCUCGCCAGAAACAACAGCAACAGCACCAACAGCACCAACAGCACCAACGGCACCAACGGCACCAAGGGCAGAGCGAGGGGGCUUGCCGCCGCCGCCGCAUGUGUUUGCGUAUGACUGGCGGGCGAACAUUCGAGCUGGGGACGUGGCUGUGCUGAACGAGGCGUGCGGAUACUUCAGCCAGCAGUACCAGCGACUGGUGGCGCAGGUGGAGGGCACGGGUGACGGCUGCCAUGAUGAUGAACACGACGAGCACGGCGGUGCUGGUGGUGAGCAUGGCGAACAUGGGCGCGGUGGUGAUGACGGUUAUUUCAGUGCUGGUGAAGUGUAUGCUGCCAAUGCUGACGAUGGUGGUGGCGACGUGAAGGGCGAUGGUGUGGAUCGGGAAGCGAACAGGUCAAAGCGCCAGCAGCACUCGGAGCUCAUUGACGACAGCAACGCACUCAACAUUUCUGUGCACACGGGAACCAACAUGGACCUCCUGCGGGGAGAAAUUGAGAAGCGACUGAACGCGUUGCUGGGCAGGACGACCUAUGAUGUGCUCUUUCCCGUGCAUUUUGGACAGGGCACGCAGUUCUUGCAUAAUGCAGGCACGGUGCACGCGACCGAGGUGCUGACGUCCGUGUUUGACGAUGAGCACAUUGCGCGUAUGCUGGAGGGCGAUGGCAGCGACACUGCUGGCGAUGAUCGAGUUGAGGAUGUGGAUGAGUUGGCGGAUUCGGGGCCGCUCAUGAAACUUCGUGUGACGCUUGAUGACGCUGGCACGAACCGCGUGGCGGCCUUCUUCAGCAAGGAGGGCAUUCCACUGCACAUGCACGCGGGACCGCGAUGAUGAUGAUGAUGGUGAUGAUGGUGGUGGUGGUGUGUGCUUGUUUGUUUGUUCUCUCGCCUGUUCAUGCAUCCUCCUGUAAGCCUCCAUCUGCCCCCUUCGUCUCCACAAAUGAGAAGAAUGGUGCUUUGUUACCGGCGCACCCCGCACGUUAUCGAUGCCCGUGGUUUGUCCCUUGCACACAAACACGCACACGCACACACACACACACACACACACACA